GCAGUAAAGUGGUGAAGAUUUAGCCCCCUGGAUUUAAUUUAAAAUUAUUUUCCCAGACUGCAUCGCGGUAAGUUGUGUGUAGGAUCAAGAUGGCUAGUCUGUCAAGAACACCUCGGACGUCAAGAAGCAUCACAGAUAGAGAAGAUGAUAACGAAAAUAACGGUUAUGUGCAAGUGUUCGUAAAGCCAUUGGAACAGGGCAACUAUAGCGUGAUUUUCAGCUGGCUUGGACUAAAUACCAUGAAGUUUUCAUCUAAACAAUCCAAGAUUGUUUUUGGACUUCUGACUAUUUUUACAAGUGUGGUUGUUGUGAGCAUUUUAAGAAGUGAUUUAGGACAAUUGUUUCACCGUUUAUGUGCUCUUUUGGUACCUAUAUUUAGUAUAAUAUGUGGGUUUUAUUGGGUGACUAUUUAUUUUCGAAAGACAUGGAGUACGACAAGUGCUUAUUUAUUAUUUUGCGCCUGUUGUGUCGGCGAAUUCUUCGGCCAAUGUAUGGGAAGCGGAGAAGACUACAUUACACAACCAUUUCUUGUUAUAACAGUACUGGUGACGGUUAGUGUCGCCAGUAUAUUUUCCUCGCUAGAAACAAUGCAGAGCACUUUUAUGAUCAUAUUUGUUAGCUUUGUACGAUUCCUAGCGUGCACCACUCUACAAGAUAUACCACAAGUUUUACGACCUUUCGUGGCGUACAUCGGUGGAAUAACUGGAGUCAUUUGUGCUAAAUAUAUGGAGACAGUAUUUAAGCCUCCUGUCAACAGUUUUAUGACGCCAGAUGGAAAAAUACCCGUCAUAAAGCGACGUCGAUCCAGCUCCUCGUCAAGUCACUCGUUCAGUCAUCGAGCUGGUCGUAGGACGUCACUUCCUGCGCUGAUCCAUAAGGCUCAGAAUUCUCAGAGUUAUGAGAUAGCACUGUUGGGGGAGGCUCAUGGGUUGCUGACAGAUAUGAUGGCUGACACCAGCCUCCCGCCCCAUGUACUCAGUGGACUGAGGGCUAUUGGCACCCUCUUGAAGCCCCCAGACACGAUGACCCCCUCCCAUAAGCCAAAAGUUAGUCCUCUGGUGUCACUCGCUGAAUCAUCAAAUUAUUCUGAUAGUGAGGAAUCACCUUAUACAGGGGAACGGCCAUCUUCCCUUCCAAAGAGGUUACGUCGUAGCUUACCUCCUAGCUUAUUGCGACGCAUGUCUACUAGUACAUGGACAACCACAACGUCAGCAACAGGCCUCCCAACAUUAGAAGCAGAGGUGUGCCGUACACGGAGUAGCAGCUUUAGGACGGCAAGAGACUCAAACAGUACCCCUAAUACAAGCCCCUCAGGCAGCAGGAGCAAUAGCCCCUCCCCUAGUUCCCCAGGGACUACCAUAUCACUGACAAUCCCAAAAUCGAGGAGUUUUUCAAUUGCCACAGUUGGGAUGCAUACACAGUCAAACACAAAACGGGUCCCGCCGAGGGAUCGUAAAUCAGUAUUUUUACCCAGCAUGCCCUUGGAGUUGACCGUCAAUAAUGACAAGUCAAUCAGUCCUCUAGUCAAAGCAGAUGUUCGAUCAACAAAUGAUGAUAUUUGUAAAUUGCGGGAUACUCCCGCCACCAGAGGGAGUGUAAGUAAAAGACUUGUAAAUGUAACGUCAGAUUAUGAGAGUUGUAACGAGUCUCCAAGUUCUAGUGAUCACAGUGAUAAUGUGACAUCAACAGAGGAUAUGUCUUCAUCAAUGAUUGAUGAAAAAUUAGCAUUACAAUCAGCAUUACCUGAGGACAGCCUGUCUCUUUUGCAGGAGGGAGUAGGCGUCAUAGGACCUACCCUUGAUGAGUUUGAGACUACAGAGAACAAUGAAAGUAAGACGUGCACUGACACAGAAAGUAGCACCGAGACCGUCACUGAACUACCUUGGGAUCCAAGUGAGAUUGAAUCCUGCUCUCUGCUCUCUAUUCAUCAGCUCAACCAAUGGGAUUAUCCGAUUUUUGAUCUGUCAAAUGCGGUGAAGGGAUGCAUACUCAGCAAGGUGGCGUACAAGUUGUUCCAGGAAGUGGGGCUCUUUGAAACAUUCCGAAUUCCAGUGCAGGAGUUUAUAACAUACUUUCACGCUUUAGAAGAGGGUUAUAGGAUUAAACCUUAUCAUAACAGGGAGCAUGCAACAGAUGUUUUACACGGAUGCUACUACUUCCUCACGCGUCCAAUCCCAGGGUUCAGUCAGGUGAAUCCCGAUGAGAUGUUUCCAAAACUUGUGUGUUCAUCAAGUGAAUCAGAUUCAGAAACAUGUGAUCGCCCCAGUUUGGCUCACAGACCCAGUUUUCAAGCAGAAGACACGUACGGCAUUAUGGGAGGGAAUUUUCCGCCACUUGAAUUGAUGUCGUUAUUGACGGCAGCUGCCAUGCAUGAUUAUGACCAUCCUGGGAGAACCAAUGCUUUCCUAGUCGCAACAUAUGCCCCUCAGGCAAUCUUAUACAAUGAUCGAUCAGUUUUGGAGAACCAUCACGCAGCAGCUGCUUGGAACCUCUUCCUCUCGGAUCCCAAGUUCAACUGGUUGUGUCAUCUUGAGCCUACAGAAUUUAAAAGAUUCAGGUUUCUAGUCAUAGAGUCCAUUCUAGCCACUGACCUCAAGCGCCAUUUUGAGAUUCUAGCCGAGUUCAAUGCAAAGGUGAAUGAUGAUGAUGCCGCAGGUAUUGAUUGGGUCGUGGAAGCAGACAGAAUAAUGGUGGCACAAAUGGUGAUUAAAUUAGCAGACAUCAAUGGCCCUGCCAAGACUAAGAUAUUACACACAUCCUGGACAGAUCGAAUUACGGACGAGUUUUAUGAACAGGGAGAUGAAGAAGCUAGUCGCGGGAUGCCCAUUUCACCAUUCAUGGACAGGAAACACCCUCAGCUAGCAAAGCUGCAGGAGUCCUUCAUCAACCAUCUGGUGGGACCCCUGUGUAAUGCUAUGGCCAACAGUGGUCUACUCCCUGGAACCUGGGUGGAAGAAGAAAAUUCUUUGAUGCCAGGAGAUGGUAUGAAGGAUGAGAAAGAGUCAGAUGAUGAAGAUGAGGAAAAUGAAGAAGAAGAAGAAGAUGAAGACGAUGAAGAUGAGGAUGAUGAUGAUGAGUCAGUAGAUAGAGUUUCCAUGUUGCCAGUAAAAGCAGUUGCAGCCAAGAAAGUACAUUGCAUACUGACCAAGAACAUCAAGGAGAACCUGGACAUGUGGCAUGCAAGACUCCUAGAGGAGGAACAACAGAAGAAAGAAGCAGAAGCUGCUGCACAAGCUGAGGCUGGUGAAUGUGAAAUUACCCCAUCAUCUGAUAUGACACCUAUAAAGGAGGAAGAAAUCAAAGAUACAAAACCAGAUGAUUGUGACACAACAACAACCAAUGAUUGUGACAGAACAGCCAAUGAUUGUGACACAACAAUCGAUGAUUGUGACACAUCAGCCAAUGAUUGUAACACAGCAACCAUUGACAUAGGUUUUUCAUUAGAGCACAAAACUCCAUCAUUUGAGAGUAAGGAGUCAUCGAUAGAGAGUAGAGGUUCUUCAAUAGAGAGUCAAGAGUCCUCAGUGUCAUUAGAGAGUAAAACUUCCUCAACUGACAAUGAUGAUGCUUUUCUUCCUCAUGAUACAAAAAUGCCUUCAUUUUCCAAAACAUUGGGGGGCACAGGUAAUGAGGAAGAUGAUUUAAAAUUGAAAGAGAGAUCAAAAGCCUCUUUGGAGGGUGAACAGUUAUUAAAAGACAGAAAUGAAGCAACAAUUGUGGAGAAAGAAUCCAUAAAUGUGAAUAAGGAGUCUCUAGAAAGUAAAAAAACUUCAAAAGACACAUGUACACAUAAAAUUGACAGUACUGAAUCUUUGGAAUUGAGUGUUGAAUCUAAAAGAUCUUCUAAAGAAACUGAGGAUAUUAGGUUAAAAUCUCUAAGUGUGGCGCCUGAACAUAAACCAUUAAAUCCAACUCAUGCGUCUUCAUCCCCUGUAUUGGACACAGAAGUGACCAAAUCAUCAUUAAAAUCAUCAUUAAAAUCAUCAUUAAAGUCAUCAUUAGAGCCAAGACAAUCAUCUGGCAGUCAACAAAGUGCUGAUGUUCAGAGACAUAUAACAAAAGUAGCUGUGGAUAGGGAAUUGAAAGAAAUGACUACCUGAGACUGGACAGUUGUUGUUUAAUUGUAUAUAUUGAAUCUAUUUCGAAUCUGUUUCAUUGGUUGUGUAUCUAAGUCAGAUAAAUCACUUGGUGUACAAGUAGGAUAUAUACCCUUGAAGAUGGUCUUAUAGCGAUCAUUUUCCAAAGGAGAACGUUUUUGUAAGGGAGGGCAGUUGCAGUUAGCUAAAUGUGGCUACAUACAGUAUGUGAUUGUAGAAAUCACAAGUUAUGUGUUAACAUAUGACUACGGAAGUGACUACAUGAUGUAACUACUUGUACAUAUGUGACUACAACAGUGGUUCCAUGGUGUGAAUACAUGUAUGGUAUCAUAUGUGAC